AUGAAACGAGCCAAACAAAUCAACGAACUCAAUCAGAAAGAACUUGCUCUCGGAUAUACCAACACUCCCUCUUCGUGGCAUCAACAAGAAAAAAACAAAACAGCUUAUAUUUAUGUCGGAGGUUUGGAUUAUCGACUCACCGAAGGAGAUUUACUUUCUGUAUUUUCUCAAUAUGGAGAAAUUGUGGAUAUUGAUUUGGUUCGAGAUGAAAAUGAAUUAACGAGUAAAGGAUUUUGUUUUAUUGCCUAUGAAGAUAUCCGAUCAACAAUAUUGGCUAUUGAUAAUUUGAAUGGAAUUGAGUUGGGGAGUAGAAUUAUUUGUGUGGAUCAUGCUCCGAAUUAUUACAAGAAAAUUGUGGAGGAUCCUGCUGACGAGAAUAAAAAAGACUCACAACAUGGACGAAAUUCAAGAUAUCAGAGAGAACAAAAAGAGCAACUCAAACCGAAAUUGUUUGAAAAUAUGGAAAAGGAUGGAAUUAUUUACAAGAGGCCGCUUCAGAGUUUGGGAACCAUCUCAACCACAAUGGAACAGAGACAAAGCAUGGAUUGGACUAUUGAUCAUGAUGCCAUGAAGAAACGUGAUCCAAAUUGGACUCACAAGUAUCUCAUGCAAACGUUAUAUGAGGAAAAUCCUAAUUAUCAAUCUGAGGAGGAAAAGGAAGAAGAGGAUAUUAAAAAAUCAGAACUUUCAACACCACCCGGUAGAACGCAAGAGGAAGCAGCUGGUACUUCGAGUGGUGGUGACAAAACCCUUAAAGAAAAGCAAAAACUUAGUAAGGAAGAAAAACGACAACGCAAAGAAGAAAAGAAACGAAAAAAAGAAGAAAAGAAGGAACAAAAAGAGUUAAAGAAAAUGAAGCGAAUGCAGGAGGAAAUGUUUGGUGGAUUAGAUGCAGAUAUCUAA